AACCUCGUCGCCGGCGACUCCGACCGCCGUAAACGCCAUUACGGUAAGUUCUCGAACUUUGCCCUCGCGCCGUAGUUGGUAGGGAUGAACUUGGGGAAGACGAUGCUGGAUCCGACUAAAGAACAUUUUCCGCCAUUCAUCUUUUUUUCAGAUGUCUUCAACGACUCCGCCUCCAGCCUCUGAACCGAUCAUGGCCACCCCAAUCUCCUCCGCCCCUCCACCUUUCGCUCCAGUUAAGCUGGGUCCUUCAAAGGAUUCCGGCAAGGAAACCGAAGGGACUUCCGCUAACCCGGAAAAGGCCUCCGGGGAGGAUCAGGCGGAGCACAAGGCGGAAGAGGCCGCUGCCAAAAAAUCAAAGGCUCGCCAACGAGAUGCUGAAGCCAAGGGAAAAUGGUGGCCAUGCACCACCACCAAGACGGAGUUCACGAAUCUCGAGACGGAAGGCUUCCUGCAACCCGGAAGCUGGAGGUCAGUUCCCACUGCCUUAGCCCCAGCUCCGGAGGACAACGAGAUGGUGCUCACGAAAGCACUGGUGGAGCGGGGUUUUUCAUUUCCGCCUUCGGACUUCUUCCUGGAGAUCCUGAAGGUUUACGGGCUCCAACCCCACAACAUCUCUCCAAACAGCGUGCUUGCGAUCAGCAAUCACGUCACCCUGUGCGAGGGCCAUCUCUGGGUAACUCCCGAGCUUCCUCUGUUUCAAUAUUACUUCACCGUCAAGAAGGAGAGGAUCCGGAACUCCACCGAGCUCGCAACAUGCGGAUCCAUCACCUUCAUGAUCCGCCCGGGCUGCGUCUACCCCCACACUGACCGCCACGAAUCCGCGCGGUACUGGUCCGGAGGCUUCUUCUAUUUGAAGGACGUUUCCGACCCGGCGAGCACAAGGAGGCUGCCGCCGUUCAAGAACUGCCCCGCCACCGAGCUUCCGACAUGGACGCAUUGCCCCCAUCUCUCCGAGUCGCCCCAGCUCACUCGCGCUGUCAGGCGGAUCUGCAAGCUCACGGAGGAGGGGCUGUCAGGGAAGGACUUAACCCUUUCCUGGUUCACCAAGCGGAUCCAGCCGCUUCAACACAGGGACCGGCUGAUGUUCCAGUACUCAGGGCGCGACGACCCAAUGCGCGCCACAAAAGACAAUCUUUCCGCCGACGCCAUCGACAAGAGGAUCCGGCUCCUCAUCAAGGUUCCGCGUGAACUUCAUGUUCACGUGUGCAACAAGGACAUUCACACGAAUGGUUUCGGAACCGCGGUACGUCGUCUCGACUUUUUAGUCCAUUGCUUUCCUUCGCAUCCAAACUUUUUGUCUAAGUGUUCAACACUGCAUUAGCUUGAGGCGCUCGAAGAAAGCGAACUCGGAACUCUUCUCCGGGUUCCUUCCACCGGCAACACGGAUCCGGAGGCUGCAUCUGAAGCGGAGGUUCACGAAGCUCCGCGCCCUCCUAAGAGGAAAAGGCCAGCUCCUUCCAGCCCCGCCGCUAAACGUGCCCGCGAAGUGCCUAGCACUGCGGCAACUCGGAAGGCGGAGGCGGAAAAGAAACGCCUUAAGCUGAUUAACACCAGCAACAAGGGGCAGCCCGCCAUCCAGAACUUCUUCAAGCCCUCCGGCUCCGGAAGCCAGCCCCCCAAGGCUCCAAAGGUCUUGAAGAAGAAGGUCAAGCCGUCUCCGGCUUCAGUUCCUGUUACUCCAGAAGUGGAGAUCCCACCCAAAGCUUCAUCUGCUUCCAAGCCGGAUCCCAAGGACAUCAUCGACCUUGAAGAUCUUCCGGAAGAUCCCGCAGACCUCGGCGAUUCCGCCAAGGGUGCCUCCUCGUCUGCCCCUCCUCAAGAUCAACCAAGCGCCGCUUUCGCGGAGCCCACCGAGGAAGAAUAUGAGGAGAAGGUGAAGCUCGUUCAAGCCUCCAACGCGAUCCGGGUGGAUCCUCGACCGACCCAGUCUCUUCAAAAGCUUUCCCUCGCCGAGCGCCAUACGGAAGUUUCCACCAUGCUGAACAAGGUCUGGGGGAAGUCGGAUGAGGAGAUGCAAGAGCUCACCGUCUUGGAAAACGAUCUAAAAGAGUUUUUCA